UGGCUCAAACAACUGCAAUCAUAGUGAGGAUGUGGGUGUCACUUGUUUGUUUCAUCAAAUCGAUCCAUUUCAGUCAUGCAGUGGACAUGUUAGAAUUUACCAUGAUCGGGGAUGGAGAUUUGUCAGCUCUAAUGGCUUUAACAUGAAUGCUGCAAAUGUGGUCUGCAGACAGAGGGGCUGUGGUCCAGCAUCAUCGACCAGUUAUUAUCCCUAUAGCUCCGACUUGCUGGAUGGUGUGAGCUGUUCAGGAAGUGAAGUUUCUCUAAACGAAUGUCAGCACAGCAAUCCUUGGACAUACCACUCUGGAAAUUAUGUUCAUGUUGCUUGUUCAGCCAGCAGGUUAUCCAGUCCGAUUAAUUGGGCCAUCUCGGUGUGCUGGUCGUGUUGAAAUCUACCAUAGUGGAUGGCAAACUGUAUGUGAUGAUGGCUGGGACUUGAAUGAUGCUCAGGUGGUCUGCAGACAGAUGGGCUGUGGUACAGCACUGGCUGCCACUCAUUCAGCCUACUUUGGAAAAGGGACAGAUAACAUCUUCCUUGAUGAUGUGGCCUGUACGGGGAGUGAAACACAUCUGACUGAUUGUUCGCACAGAGGAAUUUGGGUACAAAACUGCACCCAUGAUCAGGAUGCUGGUGUGAUCUGUUCAGCUGGCCUGAUCCGAUUAGUUGGACCAAGUAGAUGUUCUGGACGAGUUGAAAUCUACAACAAUGGAUCUUGGGGAACUAUCUGCAAUAACAGCUGGAACAUAAACGAGGCUAGAGUGGUCUGUAGACAGCUGGGAUGCGGCACAUCACGGAGUAUCCAUCACUUUGGAGAGGGAUUUGGACAAAUCAAUGAAGUGACCUGCACAGGGAGCGAAAGGCAUCUGUCUGAGUGUUCGCACAGUGGAUUUGGAGCUCAGCACUGUAAUCAUAGUCAGGAUGCUGGUGUCAUCUGUUCUGUGAACUACCCAAAGCCCAACAUCACCAUUGAGCCCACGGGUGUGGUUAUGUGGGGUGAGGAUGUCAACAUUACUUGUUGGUUCAGUGUGGACAUAGGAGGAGGAUCAUUCAUCUUCACAAAGUCAUCAGGUCCUUUCAGCCAAACUGUGCACUCAAGCAGUAGCUCAGCUACUUUACAUAUUCAACGAGUCAGCUUUGAGGAUGAGGGAGUGUACCAGUGCAAAUUUCAAAGUACAAUUUCUGGCACCGACUUUAGCGAUCAAGCCCAUCUGAAUCUGACUGUGAUCCUUCCAAAGCCAAGCAUCAUCAUGGAUCCUGCAGGUGCAGUUGGCUUUGGCCAGCUUGUCGCUAUCACUUGUUCUAUCUCGACUCAAUAUUUAGGCGGAUCAUUCACCAUGGAGAAGACCUCGGCAUCAUUCUAUAAGACCCAACUAUCAAGUACCAACUCCUCUACUUUCAGAUUUCUUGAAGCCAAUUCUAGUCAUGUGGGAGAUUACAGGUGUUAUUAUAAUAAAACUCUGGAUCAUCAAACCUUUAUUUCCCCUCUAAGUGACACUGUCACAAUUUCUGUUACUGGUGGCUAAAGUGCAUGUUGGAUUAGCAAUCCACCUGACCCUUCCUCAAUCUAAUUACAUUUGCUGUUUACUCUGGUUGUUUCUAUUUCAUCGAUAGCUAUCCUAUUCUAUUCUAAUCUAAUCAAUUUAGUAUGUGACUGAUGCAUACAUUGUCACUCUAUGUAAUCAAAUAACUGUUUGUGCUGCUGCAAAUUAAGAGCAGACAUGGCGGAUGCUAAAUAAAUCCUGCAAGUAAAUGAAAAUGUAAUAGCUGUGUUUUGCAAAAUUGACGAGAUGUAAAAAAUCAUAAAAUGGCCCCUGCUUGACCUUCUAUAAAAGGUUUAGGUAACCAUUCUGUUAGAUGGAUGAAAC